GGGUUGUGUUGUGAGAAGUGUUAUAGACUAUAAUCUUGAUAAUAACUGGACGUAGAAAACUAUUAAUUCUCAGUUUAGCCCUUGUUUAUUUGUCCUCUUGGUCGAACACCGGCAUUUCCUCCACUUCCGGACUUUCAACAGGUCUUGGACCAAUUGGAGCCACGCCAAUGGCAGGUGGUGGAGAACAAAAUAAAUGGCGAUUUCUCCAUCAACCACAAGGCCUCUGUCCAGGCUGCCAAGGUCUCUGUCCAGGCGCUGAUGGCGUCUUCCGAGGAGACUAUUCAAAUUAAAGCGACAAGUCACAAAUACCUCAUGGAACGUUUCAAAGAUGCGAUGUGCAAGCUGGAUGUUGAAUUGGAGAGGCUGCAGACAAAGCAAGACCAUGAAAUUGAGAAGGCGCUGCGGAAACGGUCAAUUGAAUUAGUUGUCAUGUGAUUGUGGCACGCCUGCCGUUAACUCCUGUUGAGGAAUCUGCUAGAUUCACAAGUCCGGUUGCUGAAGCAGUGACAUGGACACACCACAGAAAGACGAGGCGGCCGAGCAGAGCGCCUCUGACAAACCCCCUGGAAAGCAGUCGGUCACUUCCUGUCUGCUGAGCGCCGCCUUCUUUGGUGCCCUGGGAUCCUCUUUCCUGUACGGGUACAACCUCUCCGUCGUCAACGCUCCAGCACUGUACAUUCAACAUUUCUACAACCAGACAUGGAUGGAGAGAUACGGCCAGCCUGUUGGAGCAGAAACAUCCACGCUGCUUUGGUCCAUCACAGUCUCCAUAUUUUCUAUCGGCGGCCUUUGUGGAGCGCUCACCGCCUCCUGGCUCAUAAAAGUACUGGGGAGAAAAGGAACCCUCAUGGUGAACAAUGUCUUCGCUGUGAUAGCUGCACUGCUUCUGUCCCUGGGAGAGCUGGCCGGAUCUUUUGAAAUGCUCAUCAUUGGCCGCUUCAUUAUCGGAGUGGACUCUGGUAUAGCUCUCAGUGUCCUGCCCAUGUAUCUGGGAGAAAUUUCCCCGAGGUACAUCAGAGGGUUUAUUGGCCAGUUCAACUCCAUUCUCAUCUGUCUGGGAGUGUUUACUGGUCAGGUGUUGGGCCUGCCUGAGCUCUUGGGACAGGAGUCCAGGUGGAAUUACCUCUUCUCCUUCCUGGCGCUGCCUGCAUUGCUGCAACUCUGCGUUAUGCCUUUCCUUCCGGAGAGUCCUCGCUUCUUGCUGAUCGAGAGGAGGGACGAGGCUGCAGCCCAGAGAGCCUUUCAAAGGUUCCUUGGAAAAAAGGAUGUGUCCGUGGAGUUGGAGGAAGUCCAUGCAGAGGCACGAGCUCAGGAAAGUCUCCAGACGGUCUCACCAUUGCAGCUGCUGAAGAACCGGGCAGUUCGCUGGCAGCUCAUCACCGCCAUGGUCACCAUGGCUUGCUACCAGCUAUGUGGCCUCAACGCUAUCUGGUACUACACCAAUGGAAUCCUGCGGGAAGCAGGCUUUGCUGAGAACCUUCUCCCAUACAUAACGCUCAGCACGGGAGCUGUAGAGACUCUGGCAGCUAUCGUCUCUGGUUUAGUCAUAGAACGCAUUGGGAGAAAACCUCUUCUCAUAUUUGGGUUUAGCGCCAUGGCCGUGUUCUUCAGCCUGCUCACGGUCUUCCUCAAUUUCCAGGACAGUGUGUCAUGGAUGCCAUACCUCAGCUUCGCCUGCAUACUGGCUGUUAUUGCUUCCUUCUGCUCGGGGCCAGGAGGCAUCCCCUUCAUCCUGACAGGUGAACUGUUUGAGCAAGCCUACAGGCCCGCUGCCUUCAUGAUCGCAGGAACUAUCAACUGGCUGGCCAACUUCGCAGUGGGUCUCUUGUUUCCCUUCAUACAGGAGACCCUGGAGACCUUUGCCUUCCUGGUGUUUGUGGGUGUGUGCGUGGUGGCGUCCAUCUACCUGGGUGUGGUCCUCCCUGAGACCAAGAACAAAACCUUCUUGGACAUCAGCCACAGUUUUGCCAAGAUCAACAAAGUCCCCGUGGUGGCCCCCAACCAGGAGAUGAAACUGGUCCUGGUCAUGGAGACUGAGAAGACUGAGAAGGAGCACAAUCUCUUUAAGAUGGAAAGUUCUUUUUGAUGCCCACAUUGGCGGAAAUAAAGGACAAGUUUAGGUAUUUAUGGUGCUGAGGGGUGGCUUCCAUCACCAGACUGCUGCUGAGGUGAAGGGUAGAAGCCAUGAAGGGUAGAAGACAUGAAGGCUAGAAGCCAGAUGGACAAAAGACAGAUUCCGGUGCAGACCUUAAUGGCGAUGUAGCGUCUGCAGUGGAGACGGUGUGGCGGGGGUCCACGCGGCCUCUCCCCGGUCCCUGACGGUUGAGGACGCGGCGUCUGGACCCACGGCAUACACAGGAUUUAGGUUACGCCUUCAUACAUCCAUACACUUUAUUUUCUUUGUCUUCAAACGGACAAAAGCCCGCGAAAAUGAAAUCCCCCCC